GGUUGAUGUGAAAAGACGCUUGAAUGCCCCAUACCAGCGUGAGCAGAGUCAGCUGGAGAAACUCCGGCGUGCGCUUAAACCAGAGGAAUUUGCGGCAGCUAUGGUCAACAUCACUGACAGGGAGCAAAGACUUGAACUGCUGGAGAAACAGUUCACUGAACUAGAGGCUCACUACAAGAAAAUACUGGAGAAAGUUGCUGCUACCGUCUAAUCAAAAGAAAUACCGGAGAAAGUUGCUUUUACCGUCUAAUCUUCAUACCUUACACAAUUAUUCUUCUUUAUUUCUUUCCUUCAGUACUGUCCUCCAUUACCUUCCAACUUACUUUCUCCAUUACUUCCCUUCAUUACUUCUCCGUAACCUUCCCCCGUGACUUUCCUUCACAACCUUUCUCAAAAACCUUUCUUAAUUUCCCUUAGACACUUCGUUCCUUUCCUAUUGUAUUUCUUUCUUUGCGGCUUCUCACCUGCUCACCACAUAUUCAAUGUUCUCCUCUUUUAAGUAGAUUUUAAACUCUAUUUUAUGUAUCGGAUAACCUUUUUUUUGGAUGCAUUAUCUUGAAGAUAUUCUCGAAAAUCAGUUUAGAAUGAAGAUCUUUUUUCUAGGAGCACUAGAACCCUUAAUAUUCUUGAAUUACUACGCUUAGCAUUACAUUAAAUGCAUUGUAUUUUAACUGGUGAAAAAUGGUCAAUUAAAAAUAUUUUUUAUUUCAUUUUAUUUCGAAUCUGUAUUUUAAGUCUUUCUAUUCAGUACCUUAAUAAUAUAUUCUUAAUUCUUGGUUCAGAUGACAAUUAUUUCAGA